AUGAACAGCAUCAAAAAAACUGUAGCCUUUUGGAAACGCGUUGCAACUUAUUUCGCAUCAAGUCCGAAACUUGCUGCUGGUCAGGAAAAGAGAGAGGCCAUUCAUUGUAAACAGAGGUGGACGAAGAUCAACAAUGCGGUUUGCAAGUUUGUUGGAUGCUACGAGGCUGCAACAGCUCAGUUAUCAUCAAGUGGACAGAGUGAACAGAGUGAGAAUGAUGUUAUCUCGCUUGCCUACCACAUUUACUUCGAUGGACAUAAGGCGAAGUUCACUUUGGAGCAUGCUUGGAGAGAGCUUCGACAUGAUCCUAAAUGGUGUGCUGAUGCAUCUGUUCAAAAAAAAAAGAGAAAGUUUGAGGAGGGUUCUGCACAGUCUUCAAGCUCCCACCCUGAACUAAGCCAUGAUGGAGAGGAUGAUGAUGAAGCAAUGCCUCCUCCUCCUCCUUCUGCUGUUAAGGCUUCAAAGGGCUUACCUAGAAGGAAUGUGACUGUGACCAAUAAUACUUCCACUGUGGAAGUGGAAGACAAGUCUUUGGUGGAGUUUCAGAGGAAAGAGAAGCUUAGUAAGCAUAAAUUGCUUGACACUCUCCUUUCGAAAACAGAGCCGCUUAGUGAAAUGGAAAUGGCUUUAAAGAACAAGCUAAUUAAUGACAUGUUGUUAAGCUAA